CGGCGCUUCGUUGCUAUCGCAUACAUCCAACUGGAUUAAUCAAUUUAAUAUCGCUUGCUUGGGGCUGAGCUUUUGCUACAGAUUCUCAUUUAUUUUAUUUCGUCUGCUGCUCUGACUUCUCCGCCUGCGUCUGCAGGACUCUCCGCUAUACUCCUUUGAUUGAAGCUGGAGCGGGCUUCACAUCAUCAAACACCAUCACCUCCUCCCUCAUCUCCCCUCCCUCCACUCUCCUGCCCGCCUCCAUCCUCCAAGGCAUCAUGGCAGCGGGACUAAAAACCAUCAUCGCCCUCUCCUUUGUCCUCGCAAUCGGUUUCCUCUUGGUCAUCCUCUCCGCCGCGCUAUGGCAUAACUAUCUCCCCCUCCUCGUCGUUGCCACAUAUGUAAUCGCUCCACUACCGAACUGGAUAUGCGGCCGCUGUGCCAACCCUGAUGAUUUCAUGGAGAGCGCGGGGAGCGCUGUGGUGGAUUUCGGGAGGUGGUGCACUGGCUUCCUGGUUGUGAUGGGCGUUGCCCUCCCCACUCUUCUGGCUCAUAGCGGUGCCAUCCAGAUUCCCGCGAUGGUCAUGUCGAUCCUGGGUGGCCUAUUGAUAUAUACUACCAUCAUCAGUUUCUCGAUGUUUUUCCAGGAGCAGGAAGAGUUCUAAGAAGGCUAGAACCAAGACUAAUGUGCUGUGUUUUUCCCCCUCUAUCCCCGCCUACCUUACCCAUAUUCACCCACUAUUAUUAGUUUUCUGCGCUUCCCUUACAUCUUAUUUACCCCACGACAGUUCACCCUACGAGUCCAGGAGCCGGUGAUUUGUUGUUUUUUUACGGUUUAUGUUCUUUCCUUCUGCGUUUUAUGACUUUUCUCUCUUGGGGUCUUGGUUAUUGCUUUAAUCCUAUUGUUUCACCGUUUUCUUCAAGAGUGUGUACAUGCAUUUGGUGUUUCGCCUUGUGCUAGGGCUAUAUUGCAAGCCUGGAAGAUCAUAUUCGAGCUACUGUAGUUAUGGAUGCUAAUACCAAUAUACUCUUUCUCGAUUUUCGCAAAUGUACCCCUGGUUGACACAUGGAGGGAUCGCCUCAAACAUAUAUAUCGGUCUUAGCUUUGUACGCUUCUCCAAUUACCCGAUCUCUACCUGUUUAUAUUUUAGAGUCCUAUA